AUGAAUAUUAAACUUUUUACUCUUUUCAUUUUUCUUGCUGUUCUUUGCGUCAUAUCACAUGAAGUAAUUGCUAAAGAGUGUGCCAAAGAUAAAAAAUGUCGCAAUAAAUAUUGUUCUGAUCAACAGACAUGUUGUAAUAAAGACUGCACUAACACUAAUUCUGAUUCAAAGAAUUGUGGAACUUGUGGCAACGCUUGUGCUCUUGGACAGAUUUGUCAAAGCGGAACGUGUGUCAGUGGUUGUAAUGUUGAUGCAGAUUGUCCCAGCGGUCAGUUGCUUAAUGCGACUAAUUAUCCUUACCCUGCCACUGGCAUGUGCGUCAGCAAUAACUGCUAUCUUUGCCUACCAUGUCAUGCUCAGUACUUUUGCUCUCAAGUUUCAGCAACUUGUAUUUCUCAAGGAUGUCCUAAUAAUGCUGAUGCUUGCACUUGUUGCGCAUUUGGUACGCCUCAAUAG